CGAUCCUGUGUCACAUGACAUUUAUUCCGAAUAAUCAGAGGAAUAACAGAGAGCCACCAUGGCCAGGCGCGUGCAGUCGGUCAUCAUGGCGGCUCCGCAUGCCGGAAGUUAGCUGGAGUCGGUCUGACAAUCAGGACGCUUCACUCCCAGGAUCCGGCAGAGCUGCUCCUCCACCUUCACUCCACCCAACGCGCCGUUUGUUGGCUUCACCAUGACGGAGCGGACCCCCCUCCUCAACUACCCGCUCCUCGCGAGCGUCAAUGAGUCCGAGGCGCGCGCCCCCGCUCCCAGCCAGACCCCCGAGCAUCUGCCGGACAGCCCCCGGCGCCGGCCGCCCUCCCAGCGGCAGCAGCAGCCCAAGAAGCUGUCGGUGUUCUUCGGGGUGGUGGUCCCCACCCUGCUGUCCAUGUUCAGCGUGGUGCUGUUCCUCCGGAUCGGCUUCGUGGUGGGACACGCUGGAUUGUACCAGAGCAUUCUGAUGUUCCUGGUUGCCUACUUCAUCAUCUUCAUGACUGUGCUGUCGGUGUGCGCCAUCUCCACCAACGGAGCGCUGGACGCUGGAGGGGCCUACUAUAUGAUCAGCCGCGCUCUGGGUCCAGAGUUCGGUGGCAGCAUCGGCCUCAUGUUCUUCCUGGCUAAUGUGUGCGGCAGCGCCCUCUAUGUGCUGGGUCUGGUCGAAGCCAUCCUGGGAACCUUUGGAAUACCAGAAGGUAAGCUGGAGCUUUGGUUGCUCUUUCUGUUGAUUUACUGAACCCUGUCCUGCAGA